AUGAGUACCUCGCACAAACCGACUAAGCAUCCCCGUUUCCGUGAUAUUGACGCCUGGCAAGCUCUGAAAAAGCGUGACCUCGAAUACGCUAUCAAUCUUCUCGUCUCAGAAUCUAGUCUCGUUGAGGAGUUCAAGAUACUCAUCGUCGAAUAUCGCGCCGGCCGUCACAACUGUAUCUUGGAAUCAAUCGUCGACUUUAUAGGUCCAGACUGGACAACUUUCGUUACCUCUGAACGUACUCUUGCAUCAUUCAGCGUACUCAGCACUAUGGAGUGCGGCUUAAACAUUUAUUACCAGCGUUUAGGAGACGUUCUCAGGGAAUAUUAUAAUGCCGAGUUUCCACUGCGUACUGUCUUUACCGAAGUUUCGUUCAACCUCAUCGAGAAACUUUCAGCUCAAAUACUGCCGAGCGGUAUAUCGCCGAGGGCUUUUGAUACGAAGCCUCGGCUCACUUCGGCACCUGUUCGGACCUACUUCGCUACCGGGCAACCGGGUGGAAGCUUCAGAAUGAUAAGCUCUAAACACGAGGGCAAUCAAGAUGAGCCAUGUUGGAAGCUCAGUGGCUAUAGUAUGUAUUAUGCGUCACAGCCAGGCAAACUCCUCUCCUCCAAUAAUGAUGACGACUACAUCAAGGCACUGGAGCAGUCUAAUAUUGAAAACGGGGGCGUUGACCUUUUGGCUUUGCAAAACUCAAUUUGCGGAGAGAUGAUCCGGCCGCCGAGGAUAACUCUGGAUAGCAUCGGCUUAGGUUGGGGCUUGAACCUAAAUGACAAAGUAAAUAACCUGAAUCUCCUCUCGUUAUCUUUGGCUUGCAAUGGAAUCACGAGAGAGUACAACCUUGACGACACAUUUCUCGCACGUCAAUGCAACCCCGCAGCGAGAACAGCUUAUCAAAUGCAAUGCAAGCCCAUACCAUUUACAUUUAACCACGUUGAUAUCUCGACUCCAAGGCUUGAAGAGGCAGGAUGGUCCGAUAUUCUUGAGCAACACCAAUUUAUAACUGAGCCAAUUAUGAGUGACCGGACAGAGGCAGAUAGACUAAUGCUCGUCAACAGCGACAACAAAAAGUUAAAGUCUUUGCUGGAGCAUCAUCCCAAGCACGAGGUCUUCUUGGCAAGCCGGCAUAAGGCCAAGGUUGACCGCUGCCAGAAGGUGACAGCGGAUUCCCCUCUUCUCUCGAAGUCAAAGAUGCGGUUCCUCUAUGGGGUUUCUCUGCUCCUGUCUGUCGCUUCUGCGACUGAAAUUGAACUUACUUGGCUUCUCCAGAAACAAACCAACUCAUCCUCUCUGACCGCAUAUCUCACUGACGGGACCUCGAUUGCGGAGAAAUGCGGCAGAACUAUCGAAGCCAAGAAUACUAUUGACUUCUCUGAGGUCGACGGUAAUGGUGUUGGGAAUUUCACAGUUGGGAAUGCCAGCUUCUUCAUUCACAAUAAGCCUGAACUGUCAGGUGGCCCUUCAUGCUCUACAUUCUCUAAUCACCUCCAUACUCUCAUUCGAUGCUUGGGAGUGAAUUGGGAUCCUGAAGGUGUUGCCAAAAGCGACGGACCAGAAUGUUUCUCUGGCCAUUCUACAGAAUUGGAGUUGAAAUCUUUCCAGAUGGAGGCCCAGAAGCGCAAAUUGUAUCCUCGUUGUAAAAGGAUAAUUACAGAACUCGACGGCGAUGGAUCGCCCCACCAGAGAUACUUCUACCACCAGGUAACGGAAAAUAUUGGUUGUAGCGAUAUCGAUGGUUGCACUGUUGGUAGUAGCAAUACACAGGGCAGGGCCUAUGGAUUCAGUGUGACGGGAACCUGCAAUUGGAUAUCAGCAGGUUUCAGUGUUACCGAUUCCUGGACCGCUGGGAGUUCAUAUACUUGCAGUGGCCUCAAGGGAUCCAAAGUCUGCGUCUGGUACAAGGUUGCGCACACUGCUUAUAUUGUUCGAAAUCAAAACUAUUGGUGUUUGCCCCAGUGUGAAUAUCACAAAUACAGUAAGCAACAUCUCAUCGCCUCCCCGAACAUACAGAAUCGAGGCGGUUCAUACGAGUGCAAAGUCGACAAAGAGUGCAUGCAACUGGGCGCGACAUACUGGGAUUGCCAUGGUAAAAAGACCCCAAAUCUUACUCACUGCCCACCUCCGGGGUACCCGCCGAAAUUGGAUCCAAAUAAAGGUUAUCUACGACAGCAUUUGGAAAGGCAGGAAAGGAAAAAAGCCGACAAGAUUAGAAAGAUGCUUAAAAAAGAGAGGAAGAAAGAAGAGAAGCAGGAAGAGAAGAAGCAGGAAGAAGAGAUAAAGAAGCAGGAAAAAGGGUUAACUAAGCAGGAAAAGAAAGAAGCCGAGAAAUACAGAAAGAAGCUUAAAAAGGAGAGGAAGAAAAAAGAGAAGCAGGAGGAGAAGAAGUAUAAAGAAGAGAGGAAGAAGCAGGAAAAAGAGGCAGAGAAGAAGGAUGAAGAGAGGAAGAAACUUGAAGAGGAGAUAGAUAAGCAGGAAAGAAAGAAGAACCUUAAAGAGGGGCCGCCGGCUGUUGUGCCAGGGAAUACGGACCUGAAAUUAGACCUGUUCAAUGACUAG